GUCCCGACUCCCGCCGCACCUCCUCCGGCUCUGCAGUGGCGGCGGGGAGGCGAGCCGGAGCGCCAGCGGGGCCAGGGCCGGAGCCAAGCAGGGGUCGGGGCAGCAGCGGGGACCCUCGGAGGCGGGGCCAGUGGGACUGCGAUGGGCGUGGAGAUCGAGACCAUCUCCCCGGGAGACGGAAGGACGUUCCCCAAGAAGGGACAGACGUGUGUGGUGCACUACACAGGAAUGCUCCAAAAUGGGAAGAAAUUCGAUUCGUCCAGAGACAGAAACAAACCUUUCAAGUUCCGAAUUGGCAAACAGGAAGUCAUCAAGGGUUUUGAAGAGGGUGCAGCCCAGAUGAGCUUGGGGCAGAGGGCGAAGCUGACCUGCACCCCUGAUGUGGCGUAUGGAGCCACGGGCCACCCUGGUGUCAUCCCUCCCAAUGCCACUCUCAUCUUUGACGUGGAGCUGCUCAACUUAGAGUGAAGGCAGGAAGGAACUCGAGGUGGCUGGAGAUGGCGGCUGCUCACCCUCCUAGCCUGCUCGGCCACUGGGACGGCUCCUCCUGCUCGGGGCUCUUGAUCAGUGCGCUAACCUCACAGCCCCACAGCAUUAUCCAUGCUCUGCCCAAGUUGCUCCGUAUGUGUUUGUCAUCGUUCACGCACAUCUUUGCUUGAGGAAACUUCGGUUGCAGAUCAAAGCAUUUCAGGUUGUGCAUUUUGCGUGAUGCAUGUCGUAGCCAUUUCUGACCACAGAAUACAGAUUUCUUGUUCGCACAAUCUACACUGCCUUACUUAAGCCAGACACACAAGGUGCUCAGACAUGAAAUGUACAUGGUAUACACAGAGGGACUUGAGCCAGUUACCUUUGCUGUCACUUCCUCUCUUAGAAAUUCUGUUGGCUGCUGACUUACACAAUGUCCUCUUUGGAAAUGAUAUGUAAAAUAAAGGCUAUGUGCUUGACAAAUUCCUGUCCAUCCUUAUUGCAGGAAGGAAGUGCUUUAAGGACUCCAUAAGUCAGUUGCCCUUGGGAAAGAGUGGAAGGGAGCCUUCCAAGUAGCCAGGAAUGAUAAACAGCUAUGAUGUGAGUUUUGUACAUGCUUGGCCUUGUUCUAUAUAUUUUUAAAUGAAAUUGCCACCAACCCUCUAAGCAGCCCGACAAGGUAGGUAUUAACUUGCCACUCACCUCACAGGCUCAGAAUUCUUCUCUAAUUGAAGGGAUAUAUUAUGUUCAAACCCCAUAGCCAAGCAAUGUGGCAUUAAGAUCCGAACACCCUCCGUGACCUUGCAAUAUGUUUGGACUUAGAGGGACAAGCUCCCCUCACCCAGAGGGAAAAGACCACCAUGCCUGAACGAAUGAAGGUGUGUUAGGUCUUGGAGCCAUGUGUUAACUCACACUGAGAAGUUACUUUUGAAAAGAAUGUGUGGUUCUGAGCUUGUUUUUGCAUUUAUUUACUUUUGCCCUUACACUGGGGUAUUAUGAUUCUGAACUUGUUUCCAUAUGUACUGCUUAUUUUCAUCUAUAUUUACUGUUAACUUAUGGGUAUUCCCAGUUGGGUUUUAUAACCAGCCCACUUACUGGUGUGGUAAUGUGGAGCCUGGGGCAAUGUGGCUAAGAAUUUUUUUCUUUUGACAUAGCUGAGAAAAGUUCUUAGCCAUAGUCAGGGUUAUUCUGUCAGUGAGGACUUGGAAUUAAGAUUGAGAGGCUGGUUGGUCAGUACUUACUUUCCCGCAUAGAUUCACUGAUACGUGUCACAUAAUGUCAUAUAUGAGAUGCGGGUCCAUGUCAUCUUGGCGGCUUCAUCUACCCCUUUUGUCUCCAGGAAGCCCUGGCUGUAUUCCUCUGCUGAGGAUCGAGGAGUUAGGAGGCCGUGUUUUAAGAUGGAGGAAAAGAAAUGAGAAAGGGGGUGCUUUGCUUUUAAUUACCUGAUCCCUGGUCUCACUUCUGUUGUGGGAGCAGACCAGCCAGAGGGUGCUGCACUCAUUCCCUUCUGGUUUUUUCCUUCCUUCAGAAUGUCUUAGUCCCCAGCUUUUCUCAAUGACACAGAUGUCUGAAAAUUUCUUAGGACUUUGCCUGUAUAAGAGACGUACUCUUGUUUUCUGCUGUGACAUCAAUAGGAUAAAAUUAAAAAUGGCAUCAAAGACCAUUUCGGGUGUCCACCGUGGAGCUGAAGAAAGAUCUCAGUGUAGAGUAUUCAGAGGCUAGGUGGUCAUGGGAGACACCCGCAAAGAAAACCAAAACACACCAAUGCAAACAACUACUGGCUAGCACCUGGAAAGAAUAUGCUAGGCCUUGCAGGCCCUGCGUCCCUGGUGCUCUUCAAAGAUGAUGCAGAAAAUUAUGAGACCGUAUGCUAACAACUUUGGACACGGUCCUGUGAGAGCCAUUUAGUUGUUAAGCAGGGAAGUGGUAAUGAGAUCUAUGUCUUACUAGUCAUUUUCAAAUUUCCAGUCUAUUCAUACAAAAUCUUUCUUAGAAACUCAAAAUUUAACCUAGGUGGAUAUAAAGCAGCUCUGGCACACAUCUAUACGCAUACAUGUGCAUGAACACAACACCAUCAUCCCUUGUACUCUUAAAAGCAGUCUCAGAAAUAGCCUGAGAUGCCUGGUGUAGAAGAUUGAUGAAAAGUCCAUCCUCAGCAUCUUAGCACACACAGGCUUGGUGCAGAGUCGGUGCUCAAUAUUUAUCUACAGAAUUCCAGUUCUUUUAAGUGGGACAGGCCACAAAACUGCCAAACUGGAAUUUUUAAA